GGAAGUUUUUAAGUCGGCUCGUACUGAUGACGUAAGCGAAGACUACAGUUGGAACUUGACAGCUGGAGCAAAAAUGGGCAGAAAUGAAAAUAGACCUGCUUUUUUCAUCACAACAUGAACUAAUAAGAUCCUCGACUCCGUUUAGCACAUGCUACGCCAGUACUUAACGGACUGACAGGUGUUUCAUCAUGUCGUUUUUCGUGGACUCGGUGAUCAUGUUCACCUCACAGGUACGCACGAGCUGUUAAAAGUCUGUAAUCCUGUUAAAACUAAGAUUUUAAACAAACGUUACAAAAAUGAAUUGCUUUCUCACCCAAACUUUAUAGAAACCUAUGUGUUUUCAGUUGUUUCAACGCUAUAUUAAGUACAAUGUAUUUAAAGCUCAUGUAAGGAACUUUUGGCGCCCCGCGUGCAUUAAGCAGUUUUUGCUGAUCUUGUUCUUUUCCUGCCAAAUUGUAACAAAAAAUUAAUCCUGUUGACUUUGACCAUCAAAUGCAUUAAUUAUUGUUAUUAGUUAAGGAGAAAAUGUAAAAACCUGGCUGUUUCCUCCGAUGCUUGACUAUCCACCCACAUCAUUUUAGGUAUUGUUUACUAUUAAAAGGCAAUAUUCUGAAUUUAAAUCUACAUCAACACAUGAGGCAGAGGCAAUACAAUACAGCUAAUAUGUUCAGUUGAACUUUCUGUUAUGGGUUACUGUCCCUGGCUGCACAAACCCCCAGCUCGAUAUCAAGAAGAGAUUACCAAAAGUCUAGGUCAAUCUCAGUCCUUCUCAUCUCCAGGGGGAAGGAGUCAACAUUUAAAAAAUCUGAUACAUAACAUUUACAUACAAAAUCACUAAAAACUCACUGAUCAAGUCGGGACAGAGAACAAAGGGGGGAAGUAAGAAAAAGUAAAUAGAAAAACAAAUAUGUUAUUAUUUUUAGACAGUCCAUAUCCAUAAGUGUUUACUGCUUUGAUUAUAGAACCUGCAGAAUUCAACAUUACUAUAAAAGAAGGAGUCUAAAAAAGGCUGGUUUCUCCAUAUUAUGCAUUUCCUUAACAUCUACCAACCUCUUUUGUGCUUGGGAGUAGUACUUUAUUGUUUUUGUUACCAUGAGUUAAGGUUUAUCCUUUAAAUUUGUACUAUACUUAAUGCAAAACCAGUAAAAAUGUUGCAAACACAUAUUCUGAACAUUAAAUCACAGCCAUCUUCAUUUUGUUUCGUUGAAACUAUAUCCUUUUCCAGUGUUAGAUGGAGUUAUUACUGAAACCUGUACUUUUGAUUUUGGUUUCUGAUGUCUGACAAAAAUGCUUGACAAUAUUCUUUCUCCUCCUUCUUUUCUUAUGUGAUUUUUCGAAACAGGUGCUGUUCUUUGGAUUUGGCUGGCUGUUCUUUAUGCGUCAGCUGUUUAAAGAUUAUGAGGUACAGUGAAUUAAAGCAUUUAUUCACAAUUAACCAUCAGAGUGGAUGCACUGACUGCCAGUUCAAGCCUGGAGCUCAUUCUCCUGGAGACUUGAGAAGGUCAAUCAUGGAAAGUCUUCUUUAUAAACACGCUCUAAUGUUUUUCUGUUGUCGACAGGUGCGGCAGUAUGUUGUGCAGGUGGUUUUCUCAGUCACGUUUGCUUUUUCAUGUACCAUGUUUGAGCUCAUCAUCUUUGAGAUCCUUGGUGCCUUAAGUAGUAGGUAAGUUUAUUGUCAGUGUGUCGUAACAGUUUUUCUCUAAUAUUUUCUGCACAUUGCUCAAUACUUAUUUUUUUCCACCCCAGUUCUAGAUACUUCCACUGGAAGCUGAAUCUAUAUGUGAUACUGCUGGUUCUUAUCUUUGUGGUGCCUUUCUACAUUGGUUACUUUGUGGUUAGCAACAUACGCCUACGUGAGUAAAGUUGAUUAGCUCCAAAAUAAACACUUCAAAUUGAAAGGUGCUGUUAUAAAGAUAUGUUUACACAUUAUGCCAGUGACGGCUGUUUGCUUUGUGCCUGUGUAGUGCAGAGACAGAAGCUUCUGUUUGCCUGUAUGGUCUGGUUCACCUUCAUGUAUUUCUUCUGGAAGCUUGGGGACCCAUUCCCCAUCCUAAGUCCAAAACAUGGUGAGUCUGCAGUCAGAUUUGAACAUCUUCAUAUCGAUUCUAAAUACUAUGACUGCCUUUCUUCUUCAGAAUUCGACUGUCUGCAGUAAGCAUUGUGAGGAAAGUUAAACAAAAGUGUCCCUGGUGUUUUUUGUUUAGGCAUUCUGUCUAUUGAGCAGCUAAUCAGUCGAGUUGGCGUCAUUGGAGUCACACUUAUGGCCCUAUUGUCAGGUUUUGGUGCAGUCAACUGUCCCUACACGUACAUGUCCUAUUUCCUCAGGUGAGUGAGCCCAGCACUGGGUUGUCUCAGGAUUGGAUGCUACUUUUCAAAAUCACCAACUCUUUUGUGUAGAUUUGUUGUUUGAUGCUUGCUGCGUACUUGUUUUUGCAGAAAUGUUACAGACAGUGACAUUCUCGCUCUGGAGAGGCGGCUGCUCCAGACUAUGGACAUGAUUGUCAGCAAAAAGAAGAGGUAAGCAAAUAAUCUGAAUCAAAAAUUAAGGUGUGUAAAAAAACACUGUGCUGAGACUUUGUUUUAUAUCUGUAGAAUUGCAAUGACUCGGAGGCAGAUGUACCAGCGGGGAGAGGACCAGAACAAACAGACUGGAUUCUGGGGCAUGAUCAAGAGUGUGACCUCUACACAAACAGGCAGCGAAAGUAUCCUAAACUCUGACCAGCAUGUGAAAAUAUGUUAUUUAUCUGUUUCCAUCUGACCGUCCUCCAGUUCGUGGUAAUUAUCAGUCUUAACCCUCCUCUCCAGACCUCUCUCUAAUCCAGCAGGAGGUUGAUGCUCUUGAGGAGCUAAGUCGGCAGCUCUUUCUGGAAACUGUGGACCUACAAGCCACCAAGGUAACAACAGCGUGCAUAUGCUGAACAUUUUUUGUUCCACUCGUGAUCGACUAGAUGUACGAGUGAUUAGAUGUUUGCUCAUAGUUUUCCAUGUCAUCUUGACAGGCCAUGUUGUAGUCAGUGUGUUUCUGCUGCCCUCAAGUGGCCCAAGUCGUCCCUUAUUGUGGCUUCAAGCGUGAAUUAAUUGCUGUGUUCUGUCGGUCUCAUAACUGUUGAGAAAGCUCUGAUAAAUUAUUACAUCUUGUUUCCAGUUUCUUUGACCCUCAGUGUUGGUGUUUUUAAGAAGAGUCAGUCAACAAAGGCCCUCAAACAAAAUCUCAGCUGCUGACUCUUAUCAGUUCAGAGUUUUAUCACCUGUUUACCAUGCUACUUUGUGUGAUUGCUUGUUUGUGUUGCCCUUCCCCUGCAGUACGUCUGUGUUUGUGAUCAUAGUUUGUCCUUCCUUCAGUUGAUUAUUACAGUGGGUAGUGUGUUCUGUGAGAAGCCUGAGCCAGUCAAAGAUUAUUGAGAUAGUUAAAAGCAAACGGAGCUGGGGUGGGAAAGGAGAGAAGAAAAAUCCACGAAAAAAGCUCCCAAAGCCCUUCUUACUGACAGAGUUGAGGAAUAUACAACUUUAAAGAUUGGUUUGUCAAUUCUCAGACCUAUUUUUUAAAUUCUUGUGGCUAAGUUUUGGGCCAAGUUUUAUAAACCCGUAUCACUUAAAGCAGAUUUAAUGCCGAAUUGGAAUAGUGCUUUAGUGCAUCUAAUAAAUGACAGUCUAAUAUACUGUACCUUGAGCUUUAAACUCUGGGUUAGAGUCCUCUAGUAUCAGUAUAAUAUUGACUGAUAUAUGGGAGGAACACUAGAGUUGAACAAGGGAAUAUAAGUCUUCAUAUUGAAGACUUUAUGCAUGCGUGAGUCAACACUUAACAAAAAAGGGGUUUAACACUGCAGACUUAGUAUGUUGUCAGUCUGGUCUGACCAUUUUCAUAUCACCAUGCAGCAUUUAGAGCUCUGUAAGGCUAAAGGCGACUGCAGCAUCAUUUCAUAUUGCUGGCAAACCAAGACUUAACCUACCUAAACACUGCAAAAAAUCAAACAUUUACAGAGUGAUAUUAAAUUUUACUGAAAUGUGCAGAACAUCACAUUCUGUUUAGUCAUUAAGUUUGUUAGUACACAUCACUGCUUUCUUAGGCUGUUAGUUCCUAAAAGGCUCUAAAGAAAGAAAAUAAACAAACCCUUUUGUUGCAUUCUAACAUGUUUUUGAGUUGUUUACAUCUAUCUUCAUAUAAAUCAAUUUCUGUCACUCAAAUCAGCCCCUGAUAUGUUUUUAUUACUGCCAUGAUACCACUUACUGCCAUAACAGAUCCAUGCAUUUAUCUCUCUCUCUUUGCUACACCCAUUUUCUUAAUCUCAUGUAUGAUAGAUAACAUGCUGAGUCUUCACCAUCACCUUCCCUUAUCUGUAGGAGCGGAUUGAGUACUCCAAGACAUUCCAGGGGAAGUAUUUUAACUUUCUCGGCUACUUCUUCUCCAUCUACUGUGUUUGGAAAAUCUUCAUGGUGAGGACAUCCACAGUUGUAUUCUGCCGUUGUGUCUUUGAUUCCAACUCACACAAAUAUCCAGUUUUAUCAUAUCAGUCAUAUCAAGUUUAUUUUUUUCCCCCUGAUGUUAAAGAUGCAGGAAACUCUUUUUCUGUCCUUCUUAGGCCACCAUAAACAUUGUGUUUGAUCGAGUUGGAAAGACAGACCCGGUCACAAGGGGCAUUGAAAUUACAGUGAACUACUUGGGUAUCCAGUUUGAUGUGAGACACACACACACACACACACACACACACACACACGCACACACACACACACACACACACACACACACACACACACACCUGCAAAAACAGUCACAUGUCACACUGCGUAGCCUCCUGUAAAGAUAAUUACAGGCACCAUUAUCAUCUCGUUGUGCUGCCUUCUUUGCAGCGAGCAUGAUAACAAUCAUAUGUGCGAAUUUUCAUAGCUCACACCCAGAGCGUGCCAUUACAUUAAAAUUAGAUGAAUAAAUGAUUCAUGUAUAUAGAAAACUGUCCCUCUCUGUUUGUUCUCUGGAAAACUGCUUUAUGUUUAAUCUUUUUUGGACUGUUUCAGGUUAAAUUUUGGUCCCAGCACAUCUCUUUCAUCCUGGUGGGAAUAAUAAUUGUGACAUCUAUUCGUGGCUUACUCAUCACCCUCACUAAGGUAGAGCCAUAGUAGGAGGAUUCAUGUCAAAGUUGAGAAUGAUGUUGUGGUUAAUACUUUGACAGUUCAUCCGUUAGUCCAGAUUUAAUACUUUUCACUUGUGUCUUUAGUUCUUCUAUGCCAUUUCAAGCAGCAAGUCGUCCAAUGUCAUUGUGCUGGUCCUCGCUCAGAUCAUGGUGAGUGCAUCAUCUCACUUUGAUAAAUGGAGCAUAGCCAGCAGGAGAUAAACUGAAACCUCUUUGUCUUUCAGGGGAUGUAUUUUGUUUCAUCCGUGUUGCUGAUGCGUAUGAGCAUGCCGCUGGAGUACCGCUCCAUCGUUACAGAGGUCCUGGGAGAGCUGCAGUUUAACUUCUACCACCGAUGGUUUGAUGUCAUCUUCCUGGUCAGCGCCCUGUCCAGCAUCCUCUUUCUUUAUCUCGCCCACAAGCAGGCACCAGAGAAACACAUGGCCCUCUGAUCCCCUUCGUGUGGACUCCUGGAAGGACUUUGAAUCUGGUAUUUUGAUACAACUAGAGGGAUUUUUUUAAGUGUUGGAAUAAUAUUUGUCUGGACUGCCUGUUCCUGAAUCAGGAAUGGCUGAUUGUUAGAUGCUGGUGAUGGGAACUAUUGGAGCAAAGGAUGCAUAAACCUUUAAAAAACAGUUCCUUAUUUACAAUAUUACAGAACAAAAUUGAUUACCUUGAUUUGAUUCACAAAUAAAACAAAUACAUCAUAGUUCUUUGUGCUCUUAAAGUUUUCACACUUUGGCCUAAAAGAUAUUUACCCCUGCAGUCUAAACACACUGGAACUGUACUCUUGGCACAUCCCCCUCUCAAUUCUGCAGGGGUAAAGACUAUACGAGGCAAAGAUCAACAUGUUCUGUUCUUCAACUCUUAUAAGAAAAAGUGUGAUGAACAAAUAAAAAAAGAAAGCUGAAUUCAGAUAGUUCGUGUUUGUUUAUUUGUGUUCAUGAAAAUUGUCAUUCGUUUCAGAGAUAAGAACAAAAGUUGAAUUUUCAGAACAUUAAAUAAAAGCAGCAAAUCUCUCACACAGAAA